AUGGGUUUCCCACUCGCCCUCGACGUCAUCGUCGUAUCCGUCGCGCGCGCGAUCGCCGCGCGAUGGAGAACCGUCCUCGCCCUCGGCGUCGGCGCCGUCGCGUUCGCGAAGACGGAUCACGAGGCGUCGAUAAACGAUCGCGCAUUCAGAACGCGCGCCCGACGAGCUCGAAGGAAUUUCGACAAGUUCCGUCGCGCGCGACGCCUCGCGGGGACGACGACGGAGACGAGCGACGACGCGGAUGUCACGCGAUCGGAUGACGCGCAAAACGACGUCAAAAGAUCAUCCGCGGGGACGAGACGGGUGAAGACGCGAGGAUUGCGGACGAAUUUCGUGCUCGGCGUCGCGCACGCGCCGCGCGUCGAUCGGAAUGGACGGUACGAAGGAAAGCCGCUGGCGUUGAUACACGGGAAACCGGCGUUCGCGCGAUUGGCGGAGACGAUGAAGCGGUGCACGCGGAUUGAACGGGUGGUGGUGGCGACGGAUGAUUAUCGCGUGGCGGAGACGGCGAAGGAGUACGGAAUCGAAACCGUGCUCGUGGCGCCCGAGGUGGCGAGGACGUCCACGGUGUACGCGCGAGAGGCGGCGAAGGCGACGGGUGGUGGAUGGGAUUACGUGUGCGUCGUGGACGUGGAGGAGUGCCUGUUGGACGCGGAUUCCAUCGACGCGUGCGUGUGCGAGAUGGAGACAAACGUGGACGAGAUGUGCGUCAUGUCCUCGUGCGUCACCGCGAUCGAUCCGGCGGGGCGAGAAAGCGGGGGUGAAGAGCGAAACGCCGAGUGCAUUCGACCGCGCUGCGUGGAGGACGUCAACGGGUUCGCCAUGUACAUCAGUCGCGCGGCGAUACCGGUCAACGGAGAGGCGCGAAACGGUGAGCUCGUCGACGUGUCGACGCCGACCAAGCGCGCGAUCGCUCGCGAUUUCCAGGCUUGGUCCUGGGGCAUCGUCGAGGCGACGUGCUUUGACGCCGUCUACCUCCGAAUGACGGGGAACGAGCAAAAAGAGGAUACGCCGCUGAGUCGAAUUGAAAAUAUCGACGCCCUCAACGCGCUGGAGAGAGGGUACAAGAUAAAGGUGUGCCACGUCAACCAUCAGGUUCCGCCGCUUCGAGAUCCCAAGGACGUGUCUAAGCUGGACGAACUCUUGCGCGCCAAGGUGGACAAGCUCAAGCGUGCGUCGAUGAAAUCCCCCGCGAAGAAGGGUUCGCGAAACCCAUCGGUGAGGCCAAACGUCGGUUCGGCGUCCGAAGCUCCCUCGACAUCGGGCACCCCCGCCCCGCUCACCGACACCCCGUGA